UACUCCCGCUGCGGUUGACAGUGACAGUAUUCGCCGGGUUAGGGGGUUUGGUGUCGGCGAGCGGAGUAUGGGAAUGUGUGGGUGGAAAAACAAUUGUGCAGCAAUAUUGCGUUGAUAAUAAGAUUUCUGUUGUUACUGCUUCCGAAAUGGCAGCACAGCCAGUAGACAUAGAUGGUGGUGUUUUGGAAGGCGGUGGCCAAAUCUUGCGCCUAGCAGCGUCAUUCAGUUACCUGACGAAAGUACCUAUAAAGGUGAGAAAUAUACGCGCUGGACGCAGCAAGCCCGGUCUUAUGGCCCAACACUUGAAGGGUCUUGAAUUGGUGCAGAAAUUGAGUGGAGGUCAGCUUGUAGGAGCUGAAAUGGGUUCAACAGAAGUCACGUUUUUUCCAGGAGACAGACGAGGAGGAGGAGAGUUUAGUGCUGACACCCAAACAGCAGGGAGUGUUGGUCUGCUGAUUCAGGUGGCAUUGCCGUGUGCUUUGUUCUCAUCAACUACUACCAUUCUUCAGUUGAGAGGAGGGACCAACGCUGAGAUGGCGCCUCAAUUUGACUAUACCACUGAGGUUUUCAGACCACUGUUAGAGAGGUUUGGGGCAACAUUCGACUACAAACUUUUAAGAAGGGGAUACUUCCCACGUGGUGGUGGUGAAGUGCAUAUCAGGGUGAAUCCUGUAAGACAACUAAAACCAAUCAAAAUGAUAGAUGGUGGAAAGAUCCUAAGAAUUUGGGGUUGGGCGUUUGUAGCAGGAACAUUGCCAAUCAAGUUGGCCAGUGUGAUGGCAGACAGUGCAACAGUUGCCUUGCAGCGUGCAUUCAAAGGAGUGGAAAUAAACAUUGAGGCUUAUAAAGAGAGGGAAGAAGAUGCAGUUGGAAAUGGUUCAGGGAUCAACAUAGUUGCAGAAACGACUACAGGUUGCAUUUUGGGAGCAUCAGGCUUGGGAAAGAGAGAUGUGCGGCCAGAACAAGUAGGGAAACAAGCAGCAGAUGACCUCAUAAGCACUGUUGAAACUGGUGCCUGUGUUGAUCCCCAUGCACAAGAUCAGAUGGUAGUCCUCAUGGCCCUAGCAGAUGGCAUUUCACAGGUGAAGGUGGGCCCAGUGACACAGCAUACCGAAACAGCUAUUUACAUUGCAAAAUCUCUAAGUGAGGCAAAAUUCAACAUCAUUAAGCAAGGACCAAAUUCAAACAUCAUAGAGUGCACUGGAAUAGGCCUGCUUAAUCCUGUUUAAUAGCCAGCUGUGAUCUUAAUAUUGAAAUAAACAGAUGAAGUUCCCUUUUUUAAUAUCUCAUAUUUAUUCCUAUAAUAACAUAUGUUGAACAUAUGACUUGUGUGCCCAAAAAACUGAUAUCUUACUACUAGUGGUAUCAUUAAAAGAAACCUUAUUCUUGUUUGCUGAUUGUGAUAAGCAAAGCUGCGUGAAAUAUACUCUUUUCAAGUACCAAAA